UUGUGGUUCGGAUGCAUCCAACCCAGAGAAUAAGGAUACUGUUACGACAACCAAACACAAGAGCGUCAAGGGGGAAACUGGAUGCUGGGGGAUUUUACAGCACCUUAUCUGCAAGUUGCAGAUGUUCUUGUGUCCUUGAGACGUGCUGUUGUCUUUGUUGGGGGAGACAUUCAAGGUUUCUCGAUUUCCAUUACGGAAUUCGAAGGUAACCUCCAGCGACGAAGUACAGAAUCAAUAGCAGCAUCGCAUCAAGACCAGAUACUGACCUGCCAAAGGUGGCGCCUUGAUGCAGGUAUGGACGUGCUGAAGACGAAGCUGGAGCGAUGCCAUCACAGCGGUGCGCACACUGGAGAAUCUCCCACUCCAUGUGUCUCAAUGGCAGAGGUUGCAGACCCGCGUCUGGGAAGCUGUCCAGAGACUGCUUGUGUUAGAGUCUCCCCAGGCUCGUCCCUCACAGUUGGUGUGGAUGGGGCUGAGACGGUUACGAUUGGGCCUCUGCUCCUUGUGCAACAAACUCCACCACUGAAUCCAGCAGAAAAAGUGGUUGGAGCAGAUGUUACCAGCGAAGCAAGUGUGGUUGGAGCAGAUGUUACCAGCGAAGCAAGUGUACACUAUGACAUGAGGUCAGCGGAGCAAGAUUCUGAUUCAGUGGAGUCCACACGGCAGCUGCAGCAAGAUCUGAACCACAACGUGAAGACACUUGCAGCAGCCGUCAAGGUCGCGGACUCCCAGCUGAAACAGUUGGACGCCCGCAUUGCUACUCUGGAGGCAGGGCCUCCCCAAGCAGCGAUAGGCUGCACGACAGACACAACGAAGCAGAUCAUUGGGCGCAUCGAUCAUGUCGUCAAUCUUAUCGGUGACCUAGGUGUUUUCACUUGGCCGAACACGAUCAGCAGCACGGUGGCCGCCAUCAAGACGAACAUCACCAAGCUGCAGACGAGACCGGACGCCGCUACCAAGAAUUUCAAGAUGCCGCAGUUCACCAUCAGCAAGUUCGACGACUACAACAAGACCGACGCUUUGACAUGGUGGCAAGGUUUCCUCACGGAAGCAUCCUGCCGCAUUGUCCCGGCUGAAGACAUGUUGAAGGCGCUCUACCUACAACUGAUUGGAGGAGCGCAGGCAUGGAUGAAUCACCUGGCGGGUACCAAGCAAUGCACCAUCGCCGAACUCCACACGCACAUCACGUGGAAGGAGUUCGAGCAACUAUGGUUCACUCGAUUCAUGGUCCGCAACGUCGUGAAGGCGGCUAUGAACGAGGUGUACACUUGCUCACAGGGAAAUAUGCCAACUCAAGACUGGACGAAUAAGUGGCAAAAGAUAGUGACCACGCCAGGCUUCGAUUUGAGUUUUUCAAACCAACGAUCCGAGUUCUUCUCGCGAUCAUGCGCAGGAUUGCGGUCGACACUCAGCAACGAGUACGACUAUACCUCGUUCCAGGCUAUUCUGGACCGCACAAACCUGGUCAUCCAAACGGACGACAAGGACGCUAACGAGAAGCAGUCCCAACCGCACUAUGUGGCUAAAAUUGGCGACGCCAUAGCUCGGAAUGACAUCGAGGAGAUGGGCCUUGUAUUCUUGCAUGCUCUCCCCUCGCCGAACGGACCAGCCGCGUCACCGCCGGACCCACGCAUUUCUCACCUCUUGGACGCGUAUAGAGACGUCUUCGAGGCCCCCAGUGGAACGGUUUCGGAUCGGCCCAUACGUCAUGGGAUCACUCUCGAGACUGGCGCCGUCCCUCCGCGUGGAUGCAUCUACCGCAUGAGCGAAGAGGAACUCGAGGUGCUUCGCGCACAACUCGAUGACCUUCUCGACAAGGGCUGGAUUCGCCCUAGUUGUUCGCCCUACGGUGCCCCUGUUCUCUUCGUCCGGAAGAAGAACAAAGAUCUACGGUUAUGCAUCGAUUAUCGCAAACUUAACGCACAAACCAUAAAGAACGCCGACCCUCUCCCUCGGAUUGAUGAUCUUCUUGAGCGGUUAGGCGGCUCGACGUACUUCUCGAAGUUCAACUUGAAGUUGCGCUACCACCAGAUUGAAAUCCAACCUCAAGAUCGGUACAAGAUCGCAUUGAAGACGCGGUACGGGCAUUUUGAGUGGGUUGUCAUGCCUUUUGGCCUCACCAAUGCCCCCGCGACUUUCGAAGCAGCGAUGACAACUGAGUUUCGCGACUUGCUCGUUCGCAGCGUCCUUAUCUACCUUGAUGACAUCUUGGUUUACAGCAUUCGUCCCUUAGCGGACAAGAUCCAAGCCAUCGUGGAUUGGCCGGAACCCCGUUGCAUGACGGAUGUACACUCUUUCAUGGGUUUGGCUGGAUAUUAUCAGCGAUUCGUCGAGUCAUACUCGAAAGUGGUCGCUCCUUUGUCGAGACUUCAGUCCCCGAAGGUGCCCUUCGAGUUCGACGACGCAGCCCGUGGCGCGUUCACUACGUUGAAGGCAGCGAUGCAAGCCGCACCUGCMCUSCGUAUAUAUGACCCCACCCUUCCCACCCAAGUGACUAYGGACGCUUCGGGAUACGGUAUUGGUGCGGUGUUGGAACAAUGUCACGAGGACGGUUGGCAUCCGGUCGAGUAUUUCUCCCAAAAGGUGCCUCUCGUCAACACUCUCGACGACGCUAGGAAGAAAGAGUUACUCGCGUUCGUCACCGUUCUCAAAUGGUGGCGCCACUUUCUUCUCGGCCGUCAGCGUUUUAAAUGGAAUACGGACAACAAUCCGUUGACCUUUUACAAAAUGCAGGAUACGGUCACUAGCAUGAUCGGUCGAUGGAUGUAUUACAUCGACCAGUUCGAUUUUGACCCGUGUCACAUUCCCGGUCCAGCCAAUCGAGCUGCGGACGCCCUCUCACGACGGCCCAACUUUUGUGCCAUUGUGACCACGACAUUGGACCUCGAUAAGGAUCUGCAGCCGCAUUUCGUCAAAGGCUACAAGUCCGAUCUAACUUACUCUACGCUUUACGCGUAGCUUUCAUUGGAUCACCCGCCGGCUAGCCACUAUCGGAUUUCUGACGGGUUCUUUCUCCUUCACACGAGAGGAAAGGACUUGUUAGUUGUGCCCCAAGA